AUAAAUAAAUCACCGCUUCAGACUUCAGCGGAGUGUGAGUUCUCGAUGGCGAUCUGCGCUCCUUCCUCGGAUUCGUCGUCGGCGGGAAGCAAAAGUGGCUGGAUUGUGCACGGUCUUCUCCUGGGCGCGGCCAUCGCGGCGGCCGCCGGAGCCCACGUGGCCCUGGGCCUCCGCUGGUUCAGUAGAAAGUCCCGGUCCAAAGUUAUCGGGAUUAUCCCGGCCCGGUUCGCCUCCUCCCGGUUCGAGGGCAAACCCCUCGUCCCAAUCCUCGGAAAACCCAUGAUCCAGAGAACUUGGGAGAGAACAAAGCUGGCCUCUACUUUGGACCACGUUGUUGUAGCAACAGAUGACGAGAGGAUUGCAGAAUGUUGUAGAGGAUUUGGAGCAGAUGUAAUAAUGACAGCAGAAUCUUGCAGAAAUGGAACUGAACGCUGUAAUGAAGCACUUAAAAAGCUUGGAAAGAAUUAUGAUAUUGUUGUAAAUAUACAAGGAGAUGAGCCUCUUAUUGAACCAGAGAUAAUUGAUGGUGUUGUUAAAGCUUUACAGGGAGCUCCAGAUGCAGUCUUCAGCACUGCUGUCACAUCUUUGAAACCAGAGGAUGCACUUGAUCCGAAUCGUGUUAAAUGUAUAGUAAAUCAUCAUGGUUAUGCAAUCUAUUUCUCCCGGGGAUUGAUCCCUUUUAACAAGUCAGGGAAAGUUAACCCGCAUUUUCCAUAUCUGCUUCAUUUGGGAAUUCAGAGUUAUGAUUCAAAGUUUCUGAGUAUCUAUCCAGAACUUCCACCCACUCCCUUGCAACUAGAAGAAGACCUUGAACAACUUAAAGUUCUUGAGAACGGGUAUAAAAUGAAGGUAAUUAAGGUCGAUCAUGAUGCCCACGGUGUAGACACUCCUGAAGAUGUUGAGAGAAUAGAAUCAUUGAUGCGGGAAAGAAACAUUUCAUAAUGAAGAAGUGAUCAUGGUGCAAGAAAUGUGAUGCCAUCCCUGAAAUAGUUCCUAUCUCAGUUGUUUUCUUCUCGGAGACGGUCCGUAUCAACCAAGUAGUGGCAGCUAAUCUACUAGCAGAUUCUCCUUUCACAGUUCUUGUCUUUCCAUUGUGUUUACUCCUUAGGUUUGUGUAAUGUUUUGUAUCCCCAUAAUGAUGAAAAAUAAUUAAGAAAAUGUGAUAUUUUCCAUGUAUCUUUUUGCUAAGCAUACCCGAUAUUGCAUCAGUGAAUUCUUUGUUUAAGACAGGCCCGUGGGGGGGAAAUUUUUUUUUUCCAGUGGCAGAAUUUUUCGUAACA